GCUAAAUAAUAAAGCUUGAUACUUGAGUGACAAGGCAAAAUUUGAACUACAUAUCGGGUAUAGUUUUCACGAAACUCAAUAAGGCAAGAAAAGCCUCAGAUCGACUUUCACAGUUUUAAUAAAAGGGAAAAGAGAUGAGUUUUCUCGCGGGAAGAUUAGCCGGGAAAGAAGGAGCCUACUUCUUCCAGGAAUCCAAACAGGCCGUGGGCCGUCUCGUAUCCCGGAAAGGUCCGGCCCACAAGAAGCUCCCGUCGGCGGCGACUGAGCAGGAAUCCCAAGCCGACGUGCUUCCCGAGGUGCUGAGGCACUCUCUGCCCCCCAGAAUUUACCAUCAACAGCCCGAAAUGGCGUCGUCUCUGGACACAGCUUCCAAAUGGGUUCUUAAAUCUGAUUCCAAGAACCCAUUUUCCAUCUCUUCUCAGACUCUUAACCCUCUUAGGGAUUAUGUGUCCCUGCCGCAGGUCACUUUUGGCCCCAAAAGGUGGCAGCUGCCUGAAUCAGAAAACUCGAUGUUGGCCUCAACAGCUAAUGAAUUGCGACGAGACAGGCACCCCACCCCCAUUAAUCCUGAAAAGUUUAAGGCUGCAGCUGAAGGGCUUACACGAAUUGGAGUGGCAUUUGCUAUUGCAACUGCAAUAGUUUUUGGUGGUGCCACCUUGGUAAUUGGAAUGGCUGUCUCAAAGCUACAGGUGCAGAAUAGUGAUGACAUCCGAACAAAAGGGAAAGACCUGGUGGAGCCAAAAUUUGAAGAGAUACGUGAGCAACUGGUCCCCUUAAAGGCUUGGGUUGAAAAUAUGUCCAGGAAAUGGCACUUGGAAAAGGGGGAAGAUGUAAAGGAGAAGCCUCUUAUAAAGUCACUUUCUAAAAUGUUAGGUGCCAAGACAUCCAACAGACAAUAAUGUUAUAAUUAUGAUUGUUAUUUACUUUUUUUUUCGUUCUUUU